UGCUUAAUGUUUUUUUUAAACAUAACCACUAAAUAUAACGAAUUUAACGAUUAACCCAACUUUUGUAACCCUAAUAUAAUCGGUGUGCCUUAACCUUAUAUCUUUUACAACUCGUAAAUAAUUAUGGUGAAACAAAAGAAAAAUAUAAAUACUAUCUUAGACAACUUUGGGCAGGUCACAACAAAACCUGAAAAUUUUUUAAAUGCCAAUGAUUCUCUUUUGAAAAACUUAAAGUCCGGCCUUAAAAAAACUUAUGAUUACUCUAAGUGUGAAGAAAACAAAGUAAAUAAAUCGACAGCUUUACCAGAAUUAAUCAUAAAAAAUUUUGAUUUGGAGCAGAUCUGGCAACAAAUUGAAUUGCAAAAUGAUUCUAUAUUAUCUCAGUCUAUUACAAAUAUUAGUAAACUAGUCAUUGGCAAAAAUCAGUUGAUAUUUGAUAAUAUAAAAAAAGAAUUGAAAAAAGAUGUAUCCAACGAGAAGAAAAGCGAAGAUAUAGAAAACAAUGAUGUUAAUAAUGUGCCAGUUGAGGGAAAUAUAAGUGAAAACCUUAAUUCUAAUUCAGAGAGUGAUAAUGAUGAACUUGAGUUGAAUUGCAGUGAUGAUGAAGCUUCUGAGGAAGAAACGAAAGAUACUAAAUUAUUUAAUACUUUAAAAAGAAAAUCUGUUGUCGACGAUGAAUUUUUCAAAUUAGAAGAAAUGGAAAAAUUUCUAAAUAUAGAAGAGAAAAAAAUGCAAAGUGAUAAAGCAGAAACCGCCUCCAAUGAUUCAGAUAACGAAUCUGAUAACAGUAUCAAUUUAUUUAAAGGGGAUAUUGAUGAAGAUGCCGAGGAUGAUGAUGAAAAAAUUAAAACAGCAAGGUUUAAAGAUUUCUUCGUUGCUAAAGAUGAUGAUAAACAAUCAAAACGAAAUAAAUUUUUAGAAAGUAUAAGUGAUGAUGAUUUAAGUAAUGGUGAUAAUGAAAUGAAAUCGUCAUUGGAGUUACGACAAGAGCGACUAAAGAGGAAAAUUCAAGAACUAGAGCAAAAUGCUGUCAGUGAAAAACCAUGGCAGUUGAAAGGUGAAAUUAGAGCAGAGGAUCGACCUCAAAAUUCUCUAUUAGAGGAGAUUGUCGAAUUUGACUUAACCUCAAGACCAGCUCCAAUAAUUACCGAACAAACAACUCUACAGUUAGAAGACAUUAUUAAACAGAGAAUAAAAGAUCGAGUGUUUGACAGUGUUGAAAGAAAAGUUAAGCCUGUCGAAACACCUUUGGAAUACAAGAAGAAACUUGUGUUAGAUCAAGAAAAAAGUAAACAGUCUCUGGCACAAAUAUAUGAAAAAGAAUUUCUGGAUCAGCAAGCUGCCUUAGACCCGGAAAAUGCCGAUAAAGAGGACGAAGAGCCAGAAUUGCAUAAAGAAAUUAAAACAUUGAUGAAGAAUCUGUUCAGUAAAUUAGAUGCACUCUCCAACUUUCACUUCACCCCUAAACCGUCUAUUCCAGAACUUAAAAUCGUCAAUAAUUUACCAGCAAUUACGAUGGAAGAAGUUGCUCCAAAUGCUGCUAGCGAUGCAGCAUUGCUCGCUCCUGAAGAAGUGAGGAAUAAGACUAAAGGAGAAAUCAUAGCAAAAAGCGAAAGAACACCCACCGAUAAAAAGAGAGAACGGAGAAAGAAGAAACUGAAACAACGAGCACAUCUAAAAGAAAAACAAAAACAUGAAAAUAUCGUUAAUAAAUUGAAUCCUGGUUUAGGCAACAAAUACAGUAAAGAAAAGGCUAAGAAAAUGUUACAAAAAGUGACGAGGGAGAGUAAUACUGAAAAAAUGGAUGAACAUGUUGGCUCUAAGGCUGUUAAAUCUUCAAGCGCAUUCUUCACCCAACUUCAAGAAGAGGUGCAGUCUCAAAUUCAUGGUAAAUUACAAAAUCAAAAAAGCAAAAAGAAGAAGGAUCAAUUUAUAGCUAAGAAAAUUAAAUUGUAAAAUAUACAUACAAAACUUAUAUUUUAUAGUAAAAUGUUAUUUUAUUUUAAGUUUUAACAGGUAAUAAUGAAUUCCUAAUAAAU